AUGACUAGGCACAUUCCGGAGAGCGUUUCAAAGUUGAAGCAAUUGUCAUCACUUGAUCUCUCAAGUAAUAAGCUCUCAGGUGCUGUUCCUCGCAGUUUGGCAUCACUCUCAUUUUUGGGGUUCCUGAAUUUGUCAAACAAUAACUUCUCUGGUAGGAUCCCUUAUACAGAUCAUAUGACAACUUUUGAUGCACCCUUUUUUGCUGGAAACAUUGGUCUUUGUGGUAUUCCACUUGAUGUGAAAUGUCCAGGUGAUGAUGUUGAUCCAGAAAAGGGAUUGAGUACUUCGAAGAGUAGUAGAAGUGGUGACACUUCUACUGAUAAGUGGUUUUACUUGAGUGUUGGAUUGGGAUUUGCAGCAGGAAUUCUUGUUCCUUAUCUGGUAAUCGCGAUGAAAAGUUCUUGGAGUGUAGCCUACUUCGAUGCUGUUGAGAAAGUUGUAGAUAGAAUACUGUUCCUGUGGUUGAAGUAUAGAACCAGACAGCAGAGGAACCAAAGAAGAUGA